CCGGCCGGAGCCGUUUCCCGGCGGCCCGUGCGCCCCGCCCCCACCGUCCUGCCCUGGACCCUCUCCUCCGUCCCCCGGUCCUCUCCGCCCCUCCUCUGCGCCGCUAGCUCCCGAGGGACGCGCCGAACGCCCCCGGCCCGCCGCCGCCUGCACCCUCGCGGGGAACCCGGGGCCGAUCAGGAGCCGCCCGGACCCGAGAGGCUGCUGCACCGGGCCUCAGCCACCCAUCCGGAUGCUGGUGCUGCCGGCCCCCGGCCCCCGGCCCCUGGCGUUUCCCUCCGCUGAGGCCAUGCAGGCCCCUCCCCCUCGGACGGGCGGGUCCCCAGAGCCCGGACCUUCCUGCUCCACAGGAUGUCCCCAGACCUCGUCCUCUCCUUCCAGGCCCAACCACUACCUGCUCAUAGACACCCAGGGCGUCCCGUACACCGUACUGGUGGACGAGGAGUCGCAGAGGGAGACCGGGCCCGAUGGGGCGUCGGCCCAGAAAAAAUGCUACAGCUGCCCCGUGUGCUCCCGGGUCUUCGAGUACAUGUCCUACCUGCAGCGACACAGCAUCACCCACUCGGAGGUGAAGCCCUUUGAGUGCGACACCUGCGGGAAGGCAUUCAAGCGGGCCAGCCAUCUGGCGCGCCACCACUCCAUUCACCGGGCAGGCGGCGGGCGGCCCCACGGCUGCCCGCUGUGCCCUCGCCGCUUCCGAGAGGCGGGCGAGUUGGCCCAGCACAGCCGGGUCCACUCCGGGGAGCGCCCCUACCAGUGCCCGCAUUGCCCGCGCCGGUUCAUGGAGCAGAGCACACUGCAGAAGCACACGCGGUGGAAGCACCCCUGAGCCAGGCUGCGGGCCCCCCAGGUACCGCGGGAUUCGCGGGGGAGGCUGUGUGCACAUGGGCGCCUGUCGUCCCCAGACAGCCGGCGAGCACCAGGGAGCCCUGGACACAAACACAGACCCACCUCCGCGGGGAGGCCGACCCCGGCCUUAAGGAGAAGCCCUGCAGUCAUCUCCGGGUGUUUGGGAGAUAAGAUGGGAACAAGACCCGCACGUUUCCUGAAUGGAACCCUCUAACCUCAGAGACACCAGCGAUUCCACGAUUGAGCGCUGACUGCUGGGGUUGGGCCGGGUCGGGGCAAGAGUGCUGUGUGUUACCGUUCUCGGGCCUGAAAACUGUGCCUGGGGGCCACCAGGAAUCUGCACUGCCUUCCUGAGACCCACCUCCCCCCCGCCCCCACAAUGUGCGGUGCUGGGGGAAAGGGCCCCACACUUGCCUCCCACUCUCCAGCCAGAGGUGGAGACUGGACACUCACUCAAUAAACACGUGUUCCCACUUUGAGCACGUGAGGUCGGUUCUGGGAGACUGCCUCUGCCCACUGCCUGGCAGGGAGACUUGGCAAGUGCCUGGCCCACCUGGCUGGGGAAUGGGAAGGUUGGCCUGCCCUGGGGUUCAUCCGAGCUUGGCUCCUGACCACCUGUGUCAUUGAGGCAGUGUUUUUAAUCUUCACUCUCUAAAAACCACGACCCAUUGUAAGAAACACAUUUUAUAUGGCAACCCGGUAUACAGAUACACAAAAUACAUGCAAAACAAAGGUUUAACAAUAGUUACUUCUGCUGUGUGCAGGCCUCAUGUUUUUUUCCAUCUACUUCAUUUUUUAGACUAAUUACCGAUUUCAUUCUACCAUAUUAAAUUUUCUGUGCAUGAAUAUGUAGUUUGAAAGACACCGAACUAGGGUAGGUGCCUCCCCCUGCACGUUUUGACCCCCGUAGUGAAGUGAAUAGGAGGGGCUCGUGGCCAAGACUGUUGACUUUCCAGCUGCAGGGGUAAAAAGCACUGCUCUCUUAAGGGCCGGUAGGAAUUUCGGAGCACAGAAGCUACCGGAGAGAGGGAGGAGAGGCAGGUGGCGCUGGGGCAAAAGCCGAAUAAACACCUGCUCUCUCACUGAA